GUCCGACCAUCUUUGAAUUGCCCAUGAAAAGUUUUUUCUAUAAGAAGUGUCUCCAACCUCCUCUCUUGAUCACACAAACAAACACCUGAAACAUAAUUCUCUAGGAUUUUCAUUCUAUGUUCUUCAAUCUUAGUUCAAUCUUUGAUCUUCUCUGAUUUGUGAGAUAUCAUCAAUGGCCGACGAAGUGAUUCUCUUGGGCUCCUGGCUUAGCCCCUUUGCAACGAGGGUGAAAAUUGCCUUGGCUGAGAAAGAGAUAGAAUAUGAAUCCAGGGAAGAGGACCUGAGCAACAAGAGCCCAGUACUCCUGAAGAUGAACCCUGUUAACAAGCAAAUCCCAGUGUUGAUCCAUAAUGGUAAACCGGUGUGCGAGUCACUCAUCAUUGUUCAGUACAUGGAUGAAGUCUGGAACCACAAAUCUCCUUUGCUGCCUUCUGAUCCUUACCAGAGAGCGCAUGCCAGGUUCUGGGUUGAUUAUAUUGACAAGAAGGUAUAUAGCCUUGGAAAGCUGCUAUUUACAUCCACUGGUGCAGCCCUAGAAUUGGCAAAGAAUGAUCUCUUAGGCUGCUUUAAGCUGUUGGAAGGAGAGCUUGGAGACAAGCCUUACUAUGGAGGUGAGACCUUUGGCUUUGUGGAUGUGGCACUCAUCCCAUUCUACACAUUUUUCUAUUCGUUUGAGCAGUUUGGCAACUUCAGCGUGGUGACAGAGUGCCCUAAACUUGUUGCUUGGGCUCAUAGGUGCAUGGAGAAGGAGUGUGUUUCAAACACUCUUCUUGACCAACACAAGGUCUAUGACUUCAUGUUGGAGCGCAAAAAGAAGCUCGAGGCUCAGUAAAUCUCUAGAAGACUGUUUGAUUGGAGUGUUGUCACAUACUGUUCCACAAUUCCUUUUUUUCUCUUUGGGGAUCAACUUUUUUAUUUUUCUCUUUUUUUCUUUUUACCUUUCAAUCUCUAGAUGUUGUGUUUGCUUGGGGGGAAUGUUCUCUUCAUGUUAUACUCGAAAUAAAGAAGAGAUUUUUUUGUUUUUGUUUUUAAUUGAGAAAAGCCUGAUUUGAUUGAUAGUAAUGAUAUGAUUCACACUACUUUCA